UUGUGCGCCCGCUCGGCCACCCCAAAAUCCAGCCAGUAUCGGUGCUGAUUUCCCCCCGGGUUGUUGUUGGUAGUUCGAUCGCUUCUCUCCGGUCGCACAAGUGUUCGGGGUUAGUACUAUAGGGUUUUCUUCUUAGUCGUGGAACCGUUCGCCGUUCUGACAUUGUGAUCUGGUUGGCUGCUAGUUGGCUGCCACUGUUGCGCUGCUGCUGUUACUGCUGUUGCGGCUCAUAUGGUGAUGUGUUUUUUUUUUCUUCUCAAGCGCGCGGGAUGAAAAUGCGCGCCGUGCGGCGGCUGCGGCUGCGGCAUCUCUUCUCUAAGUUGUAGGGCUUAAUACUAGAUGCUUCGGCGGAAACCAGGCAUUUCGUGUUAGAACGCUGACUAAUGUGAACGUGCUGAGACUUUCCGUGCGCAGAAGUGUGUUACUGGGUAUAGUGUUACCGAGCGCAGCCAAUUUGCUGGUGGCCUCAAAGUGUAGUUAGGGGAUAUCCGCGCGCGUGUUUCAACCAUCCACCACCCACCCACCGACCCAACCGACCCGCCGAGUGCUGCGCGUUCCCCCUCGGCACGAAGGCGGCGGCACCCGUAUCAAGAAGGGUUCGCAUGAAUGUGACUUCAUUCAGUGUGAUCGUCGGUCGGUGGCAACAGCGACGGUGAAGAGUUUUUCCAAAGUUCAACAGUGCUAUCGUUCCAGGUUUCGAGUGAUUUUUUUUUCGCUGUUAAUUCUCUGUAACGAUCCAAUUACUCUCGACUGCGGUACUGAUGGUUGUUGGAGUAAGUGUGUUUGCGGAUGAAUUGACGCCAGUGUGACGAGUUGAUUGAAAACACAUUCCCGCGCGCUGAAGAAGAAUCUUGAUAUUGUUCAGUGAAGCGCGCAGUUCGGUUCGGUGGUGAACGCAACGCUCAGCAACGAAAAGGGCGUGACUAUCACGCGCGCACACAUGUGACGAAGCGGCGGUCAAUUGGAAUUUUUCGGGGCCCCAGUUGUUAGGUCGAACCCAGUGCAGUGGUUCUGCUCACGGCGAAAAGCAAAGCUACGCGACUUUCGGUGAUUCCGGUGAAGCAAAGAAGAAGAAAAAACGACGAAGGGAAAAAGAAGAGCAAAGCAGAGCAAACCGUGUUCGGCGGAGUUCAGUUCCGAGCCAAAGUAAGGAGCGAAAGAGUGAAAGACGGGCACAAUUAUUCCAAUUCUUUGAAGAAAAAGAAGAAAAAAAUUAAGGACCAUACCACUCAACAUCUGGCCCCUUUGUCGUCGUCGUCCUCCUCCUUCAGCUCGUCGGUUUGCGCAUCCGAUCCGAUGGCGAUGUGAGUUUUCGAACCCAUAAGCGUGUGUUUUGUGUGUUGGUUGGUUUUGUGCGCUAUUUUUAGAAUGUACUAACUUCAAAAACACUCUUCUGCUUGCUGUGUGUAUAUGUUUCUCUUGAGCUACUGCUGUUGCCCGUUGCUGCUGUUCAGCUAAUACAUAUAUAUAUUAUAAAUGUACAUUUGUUGUGACCAUUCAUUAUUGCAUUAGAGAGACAGACACCCCAACUGAUUUGCCUGCUGUUUUGUUACUGCUUAAGUGUGUAUCUUGCUGGCCUGUUGGCCCGUACAGCCAGCCAAGCCAGCCAACCAGGCAGGCAGCCAGCGUAUUUUGUUUGAUUAUCUCAGCGACUAUGUUAUCAGCAACCGCUGGCACGAAGCAGCAAAGGAAUCGAGUGGUGUAUGGCCCUGUUAUUAUUAUUGCUUCAACUGCUUCGAAACGCGAUAGCAGCAGCGUCUCCAUCAGCACAUUUAAGGCCAUCUCUCUUCUUCCUCUGCCCGUCGCGGCGGUCGGUGUCGUCGCUCUUUUCCCCCCGAGCCCGGCCCGAGCGGCGGUCAUCGCGCAGCGCUAAGAAAUAACUAGCAAGAACUGUGACACCAGACGAAGAACAAAUGCUGGAAUGAAUUGUCAUUGACGAAUGCAAGCAGUACCGGUCCGCCAAUCCUGAAAUAUGGAUGCGCCUUCCAUGGUCCAACGUGAAGGCGACAAACUGAUCGUGCGGCGUGUCGUUAGCGGGGAUGAAGUGUUUCUCAACCAGACCAGCUCUUCGCCGUCGUCGUCGGUUUCCACGAGCAAGGACCAAUCGUUGGUCGACAGUUUGAAGCUGCUGUCCGGUGAAGAGGACCUCAGCAAGUUCGGUUUAAUUCUCGAGGAAAGUGCGGGCAAAGGUGGUGGUGGUGGUGGUGGUGCCGGCAGCAGUGAACAGGGGGACAGUGCCGAACAGCAGCUGCCGCAGUGCAAAAUCAAGCGGAACUAUUCGUGCAGCAGUUGUACCUAUUUCACGCAAAACCCACGAAAGUAUUUGACCCACCUGCGCGAUGUGCACGGCGAGAAGAUCAUCAUCAACGAGUGCAAACGGUGUCUGUACGCGUCGCGCCACUACCAGAAGCUGGUGCGUCACAUGAAGAUGGUGCACGGUUCGACGGACGGCAUCAAGACACCGUUCAGUUCGCGCAGACGAGGAACAUUCCGGAAGGAGUUUUACAAGAAGAACAAGUUCAAAAUGAAUCCUAACCCGACGGCCAGUGAGUUGUACAAUCAAACCAGUGCGGAGUACAUUAACCAGUUGAUGAAGUCCGGGUUGAGUAAAAUUUUCGAAAGUGCCAGCAGUGCGGGGGGAAGUGGUGCCGGCGAGGGAACGCAGGAAGCGCCGAUGUUUUAUCCAGCGAACUUCAAGCACGGUCUAACACUUGGCCCGGACCCGGCGCAGCAGUUAUCGCAGCUGAAGGGCUCAUCAAACAUAAAUAUCUUUGCUGAUAACAGCAGCAGUUCUGGUGCUGGUGAUUCCGGCAAACAACAAGUAAACAACGACGUCUUAGCCAUGCUGCAGCACAAUUUGGUGGAUAAAAGUAAGCAGCUUACGAUUACGCCUGCGCUGGGCAGCGCGUCAAGUGCCAUCGGCGAAACGAUGGCGAAACCAAAGAGGAAAGCUCGCCCCAUUCCGGAUCUGAUUCCGUUGCACAGUAUUGGCCGGCUGCAUCUGGGCAGUGAAGUCGGCAAAACGUACCACCUGAAUCCGGAGGUCACCAUCAAGAGCCGUGUGGUGAUGACGGGGACGGAGGGCGAAAGCAACAAUCCCGCCGACGCGGGAACCUCGCGCGGUAAGUCACCAUACGUCGUCGACGACGAAAGUCCCAUUAAUCUUACGGCCGAUCAAAACGGCGAUAAGAACCUGCAGCAUCAGUGUAUUUUCUGUCAAAUCAUGGUUCGAACAACGGACGAUUUGGCGCUGCACUUGCGUACGUUUCACAGCGAGGAACUGUUUGCGUUGCUACUGCAGAAGAAACCGGAGGACAACGGACAACCGGAGAUGCAAACGUACACGGCGGAGAGUUUGACUAUUGAUAUUUGGAAGAGGCUAUUGGAGAAUAAUAAGGCGAUUCUGGAGGAGCAAGAGGCUCGUGAGAAUGAAAGUGACAUGCAGUCUGGUCAGUACUCGAAUGACGAAGACGAUGCGGAGACGGUAGAAUCGGCGAUCAGUAAGAACGAAACCUACUGUGGAAUCGAAACCGCUCCCGGGUACGGAGAAGUUACUAAAAAGAUUACGGUAGAAGAAAGUGCCAACCAGUCGUGUAUUAUGAAGAAAGUCUUCAAAUGUCCGCACUGCUCGUUCUGGGCAUCGACGGCAUCCCGCUUUCACGUGCAUAUUGUUGGCCAUUUAAAUAAGAAACCUUUCGAAUGUUCCCUGUGCUCGUAUCGGUCCAACUGGCGUUGGGACAUUACAAAGCACAUUCGCUUGAAGACGAUCCGUGAUCCGAGCCACAAAACGGCUGGCGUUCUGAUGAAUGACGAAACCGGUCGUCGCAACUAUACCAAGUACAAUCGAUACAUUACCCUGAUGAAGGUUACCGACAGUAAUUACAAGGAUAGUUGUUCCUCUUCGGGCGGAUCGAGGUCAAUGGUCGAUCAUGGCCAUUCGACGGAUUCCUAUCUGGCUAUGUGCGGUAAAGCGAGCGAGAGUCAAACCAAUCUGAGCUCACUAGCAAAGAUGUAUUCCAGUGAAGAGCUGGCACAAGCCUUCAACCUUGCCAACAUGAACCAAAUGGUUCGCUUCGAUCAGGAGAUGCUACAGUCUCUGAUGGGGAUGCCUAAAACCUUGCCAACCGACGCCGAACCGAAACAACUUUCCCCGCAAAAGGUGACCUACAAGUGUAGAAAGUGCAAUUUUAAGAAUCCAUUCCGCGAACUAGUGCUGAUCCACGUCAAGUCUACGCAUCUGAAUGUGGACAAAGCGAACAGCGAAGCGGAGAUCGACCUGCUGCCGUGUGACGAUCCGGACCAGGAAGCGGUGGACGAUGCGGUGGCAAACAGUACGCUCAGUGCACUCUCUCCGCUAAGAACACCACCAUCGCCACUAUCGGUUGUCAGUCCUCGAAACGAUAGCGGUAGUAACAUCGGCAGUCUGUCCGGUGCUCCCACCAGUGCUACCAUUAGCACCACUCCCAGUGCAGCUUCCGGCGGUAGCUCAACCGCCGGUGGCUUCCACAGUAACAAUUAUACUACUAACGCUACAUUAAUUGGUGUCGGAUUAAACUAUUCUCAAACUGUAGCUAAUGACAAUCGGUUGGGAACCACUACCUAUACUAUCAGUAAUGCUAUCCCUAGUGUCGUGUUCGGUGGCGAGGUGGACAGGACGAUACAUACCGCUACUAGUACGACUACCAAAACUACCACUACCAUUUGCGCUAGCUCGGCAUCGGCCAGUACUGUUACUACUGUUACUACUCCUCCCUCUGCUAGUACUAGCACUACCACUACCACUACUACCACAACGGGUGGCGGCAGCGGCGGCAAAGGGGCGUCCAAUUCGUGGCGCCCGAGUGCCCCGUAUCGGUGCGGGCAUUGUCAUCAGGUGUCCAAUUGGAAGCAUGUCAUCCAGAGACACUGCCGUUUAAAGCAUAACGGCAACGUGCUAAUCGAGAUGGUCUCCACCGCCAAACCGUCGCAAAACGUAACUGAUACACGCAAUUUGAAGAAAGUGCGAAAGCCAUUUCAAUCAUUCGACUCAGUUUCACAGGAUAUCCCCGUUCAGCCGGUCACGCUGCACCCGAUAGCGAUCGUCCCCGAGGUUAGUCUCAUCGUCCAGGAGGUACCACUUGUGCAGCCAGCAGCAUUGCAGCCAACAUCACCCCAACCGCCGCCACCUCUCAUAUUCUCCCCGGGGCUCGCCAGCGGAGGCCAAUUCAUCAACAGUACCGUUGCAGUCACGCCUGCAUCCACACCACCCACCCCGGCACAGUCCGUCCACAUGACAUUCAUCAACCUGACGGAGGAAUCUUCCAUGGAACCACCGGCGCAGCUUCAACCGACGCCAUUUCUAAUCGACAGCACCCCGUCCAGUGAUACCACCACCGAGGAGCACGAUGAGCCUCCUCCACGCACAAAACGAUACCAGUGUGAGGCCUGUCCGUACGUAACCAACAGCAAGACGCAGUUUGCCUAUCACAAAUCCUUCCAUCGACCACGUGGCGAUCCCUACAAAUGCGAUAUCUGCUCUUACAACGUAACCAAAAAGCAUCUGUUGAUUCAACAUCAGAAAACUCAUAACGAGAAAAGUCACUCAACGGCAAAGUCUACUACUGAGCGAAGCGGAAACGGUGAACUGUCACUCGUCAUGGGCAAUGAAACAAAAUCGAGUGGCCUAACACCGGCCGACAUACUAGAUCUGACAAAAAAGAUGACAGCCGAAGUGAGCAUUACACCGGCCUCCAGCGGCAGCAGCGACAACGGGAAGAGGCAUUCCAACAAAAGCAAAAAGAUGAUCGUUUUCUUCUGUCAGAACUGUCCGGCCCGUUACCUGGACGAAAGCGAGAUCGUCAUUCACCAGAACAGACACGCCCAAAAGGAGAAAUAUCAGUGUGAUCUGUGCUCUUUUUCCACGUGCGACGAAUCCAGUACAGCCACCCACAGGAAUGUCCAUUCGAGCAACUACAACCGGACGACCGCCGAACUGCGAAGUUUGCAUUCCGAAAGUGAACGCCACGCACAACCGAACUUAAUUCAAGUCGGUGAACCGGAACUUGUUUGGGUAGUUGAAAGUGAUUAUAACUUACUGAAAAUGCCACCUGCCGUAGAAUCUGAACCGGAACCGGAACCAGAAACGAUCACAGCACGUCCUCGGAGAUCGGCGCGUACACGGCACAGUGCCGCAUUGGAACCACCAAUCACGGAGCUGACCAAGCAACCGAAGGUGUACAGCUGCGAGCACUGCGACUACACCGACAGCUCGGAGUGUUCCUUCAAGGAUCACGUUCGGGUACAUUUUUCCGCCAUCCUUUUUCCGAAGGCGGAAAAACGAGCCAAACUUUGCGAGCCCGGUGAACCCUUCAAGCUGAUCGCAACCUCCGUCGAUAAACCGGAGGAGAGCUUCGAGUUGAAUUACGAUACGGAUGACGGUUCGGUGCAGAGUGAUGCCAGCGAUUGCAACAGUACCGACAGGAUAAUCAUUGAAAUCUAAACUCUAAACGACAAACGAUGCAAUAAUUUUUCUACAAAUCACACACACAUACACACAGAAAAAAGAACACAGACACACAGAGUAAACUACCGACCAGUGCACGUAACGACACCUGAGUUAAGUAUAAAUUAAUGUUAGCUGUUAGUUUUCCUUGUAUAAAGCAACAAAGAGUGAAGGUUCUUCGUAGUUUGCCAUUCAACCAAAAUCGGAACAAUGAGAAAAUCUCAGUCAAGUACAAAUUGAACAUUGAUUGCCCUUUGAAAACUGUAGCUAUUUAGGCAAAAGAAAAGUGAAACAAAGUAACAAACAAACAAACAAACAAAGUAAGAAACAAACACACCAGCGGUUCAUUAGCUUCCCAACGAUUUUAUUUUAUUUCUAAGUAACACGAACCCAUUUUGUAUAGGUUAAGGUUAGCACACUUAUUUUAGUGGCCGAACAACAAAUAGACAGUGAGGAGGGCUUUUUAAUCUAUGUAUGAUGUAAAUCGGGCAGCAGCAGCUUUCGCAGAGAAUCCACAACACUCGGAACGGAAAAGUGUUGUUGUACACUGUAGCUUUAUGAAUAUGGAAAUGUAAUAUUUAUCGUUUGCCGCACAAGUAUACUGAUACAUUACAUACAUUACAUAGUAUGCUUCAGCGGGGUACAUCCGAUGCACACAACACAUGCCCACACUACCUACCUAUUCUAUUAUUAUAGAUGUUAUUUUUUGUUUCGUUUUUGUUUUAACAGCCACCUUCAUCAAGGUGUUGAUUAGUAUUAUUAUUCGAUGUUUAGUAGAGCAAUGCUCUUUCUAGAGAAAACGGAAAAUCUAUAAAUAAAAGAAAAACUAACAAAAAGAGAGGGUCUUUUGAGGGAGAAAAAAAAAAUCACGACAAAUUCCAUUUUAUUACCAGUAACCGUUAGGACCACUCACAAUCGGAGCCAAAGUGUGUAAAAAGCAAAAUUGUUUUAAUCGUAUGUAACUUGAUUUUAGGACGAAGCAAAUGGUAGGAAUAGUUUCUUGUGUCAUAUAUUAUGUAGAGCAAUUGGGCCAAAUCCGAAUUCGUUAGUCUACUGACUGUAGGUCGCACAUUCGUCAGACACACACACGCAGAAUUGAUUGUCAUUUGUAAUAUUUAUGUAUAUAUUAAAUGUAGAUGUACAAUUUGUUGUUGAAUUUGAUUUUAUAGGAACAUGGCGUUUAAUAAAGAAU